GGGACAAAGCGCCCUCGGGGUCGGUCCGAGCGGGGGAGCAGGGUGGUCUGCUCCAGCCCUCCAGGGCAGCACCUCCUCCGUGCCCUUGACCUAUCCGAGCCCGGUGUGCUCCGCUCCUCCCGGUUCCUCCCGGAGGCCUCAAGGGGCCAGCCCCCCCCCCCCCUUCUUUCCUCGACGCCCCGGGGCUGGGCCUUGGAGCGCGGCUGGCCCGGUGCCAGCCUCCCGCCCUCGCCCUCCCCAGCGCGCAGCCCGGCGCAGCAUUGCAGCGCUGGUCAUAUGAGCAGGAACGCUGAGGGAGGCACUUUUUAAUCUUUUCGUACUUGCUCGCCUAGCCCGCUCCGACCCGCACCGGCACCAUGUCCAUCACAGACUUGCUCAGCGUAGAGGACAUUAAGAAGGCGGUGGCAGCCUUUGCAGCUGCCGAGUCCUUCAACCACAAGAAGUUCUUUGAGAUGGUGGGGUUGAAGAAGAAGAACAAACAGGAUGUGGAGAAGGUGUUCCACAUCCUGGAUAAGGACAAGAGCGGCUUCAUCGAGGAGGAUGAGCUCAAAUUCAUCCUGAAAGGCUUUACACCGGAUGGCCGGGAUCUGUCCGACAAGGAAACCAAGGCACUCCUGGCUGCCGGGGAUAAGGACGGCGAUGGCAAAAUUGGGGCUGAAGAAUUCUCGGCUUUGGUGGCUGAAUCAUAAACGGCUCUAACCACCCCAGGCCCUUCAACUGCCCCUGAACGACGGAUUCCAGUCGCCUCCUGCGGACCUCCUUGGUUUCUCUCCUUUUUAUUUAUGCUAUUUUUUACUCCAACUGUUCCCUGCAGCCCUGUAACUCUAUCACUAUUCUGGAAAACGCUGGUAGAAACAAUAAAGGUCAAAUCCACCUGACUCCUAGGACUGUGA